UAGCAGCAGCAGCAGCAGCGCGGGUGUCAUCAUGUCUGGUCGGGGCAAGGGCGGCAAGGGGCUCGGCAAGGGCGGCGCCAAGCGCCACCGCAAGGUGCUGCGCGACAACAUCCAGGGCAUCACCAAGCCGGCCAUCCGCCGCCUGGCUCGGCGCGGCGGCGUCAAGCGCAUCUCGGGGCUGAUCUACGAGGAGACGCGCGGCGUGCUCAAGGUCUUCCUGGAGAACGUGAUCCGCGACGCCGUCACCUACACGGAGCACGCCAAGAGGAAGACGGUCACGGCCAUGGACGUGGUCUACGCCCUCAAGCGCCAGGGUCGCACUCUCUACGGCUUCGGCGGCUAAAGCCUUGCGUUCUUUUUAAAACACGGCCCCCAUAUCACAAAGGCUCUUUUAAGAGCCACCCACGUAUUCCUUGAAAAGAGCUGUGUUGCUGUGUGUUGAUAUUGUUGCAUUUGCUGCUGGUUCCUUCCCUUUGACACUGUACCUCUCCCCUCCCUCUCGCUGUCCUGCUCUGAUUAGGUCAGGCCGCUGCUUCUCAGCGGCCUUUUGUAAAAAAACUGGGGUCUCU